GUUAUCAACAGAAUCUUAGGUUAGGAUUUGGACAUUUUUUCGUUUCGUUUUUUGUCAAAAGAAUUGUUGAAACUUGAGCCACACUAUUUGUAAAACUGCUUGAAUUGCAGUUUUAAGUGUUUUAAGAUUGUUUCAGAGAUUAGUUGUUGUGUCAGUCGGUACUGUGGUGUGUUUGUUUUUAUCUGCUACAUAAGUACAUACCGGACUUGUAUGUGCCAUGGCGCCAAAAAAGCAAGCCAAACCAAACGCCUUUAUGGAGUUUGUUUAUGAAUUACAACAGCAAAGAAAUAUAAGAUCUACUGAGCAAGCAGUUAGUGUAGCUGGGCCUCUUUGGCAGAACAUGAACCAGCAACAACGGCAACGGUUCAAAGACCGGGCAUCCCAUCUCAAAAAUGCAGUGGCGCCGGGAAGGUACACUUCGGAAGGAAUAUUGGUCGAUGAUUUGGUCAGGGAGGAAAACCUGAAAAUUCAACAAGAACAACAGGAGAAAGAGGAAGUGAAGAAUCUAAUUUCCGCCUCUAACAGCAGAGAUUCGUUGGGAUCUGAAGUUUGGUUUAUGAUUCACUUCAACACGUUCUGUAGACAUGCUGCUACUAAUCGAUAUUAUCCUGCCGAAAUUGGCGUGGUUAAGUUCACUCUUUUGGAGGGAGUUAAACAAGAAAACGUAUUUCAUUAUCUGAUCAAAUCGGGAGAUCUCCCUCAAGGGUACAAGCAUGAAGCUUUGCUCCAUUCAAAGGAAACGCAUGAAUUGGAAAUACCUUUGUCUAGCAAUUCUCCAGACAAUCAAGAAGAAGUUUAUUUUAAGUUGCUAGAUUUUCUUGAGAAAAAUAAAGCGCCAGGAAAUCGGAGACUCCCUAUUAUGUUCGCGGACAAGAGGCACAUCGAGAUGGUGAAGAGUAUUUUAGAUGACUGGUCUGGUCAGUUUGAAGGCAAGACGAACUUGUUUAAAAUUUAUAAUCUACAGUCGAUGUUCCUAACCUUAAGAAACACCGUAGCUGGCGGACCCAUAUGGGAAACGAUUACAAUCAGUGACAGAGAAAUCGAAAAAGAUGUGUAUUGUCAUACACCUGGUCUUGCUUGUAAGUAUCAUAGUGUGUCAUCCAGGCCGCAUUUCUGUAGCCAGUCGAUAGUGAUACGAUAUGCUUACAUGCUGUGCGACAACUGUUGCUCUGAUUUGAAUAUAACACUAGAACAGGGUAGUCACGUUCCAUUGAAAUCCACCAUAUCGGACAAUGCUACUACUAUCAGAGAUUCGUCUAGUUAUUGCAGUAGCAUUAGAAGCUCACAAUUUGGAAGCAGUAGAAGCCGAAAGGGUUUUGAAAGCGACACCGAUUCGGUUGCUGACACUUGGGACAGUGAGUCUGUAGUUAGUGACACUUCUACUUUUACAAGUGGAAAUAAUGGAUCAAUGUUUGGAGGUAGCAGUCAAGGGCGAUCGAGAACUGACUCAAGUGUUUCCCAUUCCGCUUCCACACUGAAUAGCUAUGCAAGUGCUACGGUUAAAACUAAUUUACCUUCUGGAUUUGAAAGGAAACUGACUGAUUUGUCACUAAAUUCAGGAUCUAGAAGAGCGAAUAAUGAAAAUGUUCGUCCGGGAGCAUCAACAGGGGCUAUACCAAAGAAUUUCACUUCUGCAGACUCUGAUGAUUUCCCUCCUUUGGGCGGAGGCAAGGGCAAAGGAAGAGGUAGAGGUAGAGCUGUAUUGGCGGCACGGUUACAACGACCUGGUAUUUUAAGCGACCAUGACGAUUAACUUUAUUUGUUUACUGUUUAUUAUUUUUUUUAUUUCUUUACCUGUCAACAAACUAUUGAUACUUGUUAUUGUUUGACCAGAUACUUUAAAAGAUCGUAUUUAUCUCUAAAACACUAUAUAUCUCAUACAUAUUUUGUUUUAAUAUUAAGAAUAAACAAUAUAUUUUGUUAAAUAUAGUUUAAUAAAUUUGUAUUUUCG